UGCGCGGUAUUUUUUUGCAACGGUGUUAAUAUAUUUAUUUGUUAUUCGAUUUUGUUACUAUUUAAAGAGUUUUACGCAGUAAAAUAAACUUAUUUUUCAAUUACUUAUUAUACUUUUUACUGUUACAAAGUGCAGUUUUGUUAAGAAGUUUGUUAUUUAUUAGUUAAAGGGUAACGAAGCAUACAAUGUUGCAUUAACGUUGAAAAAACUAUGAAUAACCUUGAGGAAAUAUCGUCGCAAAAAUAGGGCAUACGUAAAAAGCUUAAGUUACAGUGUAUUGAGAGAAUUGAGUGCAAAGGUGAAUUGGAUAAGAUUUCUACCUAACUAUGAUUCUCUAUACAAGCUUGAAGAGAUGCACAAUCACAUCGGCUAUCAAUCUAUGGACGUUACAACAGAUACGAAGGCUGGUGGCACGACAAAUACACAAUUACCCACGAAUACAAUCGUGUAUCUGUGGUCAUGUCUAUUCAAAUAACAAAUACCAAAGAUACAGUGCUUUUGUUGAAAGUUUACGGAUACAUUCGACUUCUAGUGAUCAACAUAGACAAAAGGUUGUGAUAGAAACGUCCACACCCGAAGUGCUAGCGCGUGAAGUAGACAAGGUUACGGAGAAGUUGAAAGAGCAACUUACUCUUAGGGAACGAAUCGAACCGUACGCGCAGUUAGCGCGGUGGGACAAACCUAUAGGCGUAUACCUCCUGUACUGGCCGUGCGCGUGGUCGAUAGCGCUGGCGUCGAUCCCGGCGACAGUCCCGCCAGAGGCGUCUGCGCAGAUGGCCGCGCUGUUCCUGGCGGGCGCCGUGCUCAUGCGCGGCGCGGGCUGCACCGUUAACGACCUGUGGGACCGCGACGUGGACGCGCAGGUGGAGCGCACGAAGUCCCGCCCGCUGGUCUCCGGGGCUGUGACGACGCAGCAAGCCGUGGCCUUCCUCGGCGCUCAACUCACGCUAGCCCUGGGCGUGCUGCUGCAACUCAACUGCUACAGCGUGUUGCUCGGCGCCAGCAGUAUGUUACUAGUAAUAACCUACCCGUUAGCGAAGAGGUUUACCAACUACCCGCAAAUAUUCCUUGGAGCUACAUUCAACUGGGGUGCAUUAUUGGGGUACAGCGCCAUACAAGGGACCAUAGACCCUAGUAUAUGUAUCCCUUUGUACCUAGGGUCUCUCGCCUGGACAGUCAUAUAUGACACAAUUUAUGCGCAUCAGGAUAAGGUGGACGACGCGCGGGUAGGUAUAAAGUCGACGGCGCUGACGUUCGGCGAGCACACGAGGCCGGCGCUGUACGCCGCGCUGGCCGCCAGCGCCGCGCUGCUGGCGCAGGCCGGCGCCGCCGCCGGGCUCGCCGCGCCCUACUACGCUGCCCUGGCCACAUACGUCGCCCACGCGGGGAACCAGAUAUUCACUCUAAACACGGAGUGCGCGGACGACUGCGCUAAGAAAUUCAAGUCCAACUCCAUGGUGGGGCUCAUCAUCUUCCUGGGCAUCCUCGGCGGAGGGUACAGCAAGUACCUGGACAACAGGGAGAAGAACAAAGGGAACGAGGACCGGAAUGUCACCAAGAGCUGUCUCUUUGGAUGAUGGAUGAGUCACAAGACCAAAAUGUGUCAGGUAUCUGAUAGAAAAUUGGAGAUUUCCUUAGAAAAGGUUCAGUACGAUCUACUCUGAACCGGCGUGUAUGAAACGAUUGAUGAAUGUGGAGGAAGCAAGGGAAGUGUGUCAGGACCGAAGCAAAUGGAAUUCAAUUACCCAGCUUAUUUCCUGCGUAUGUGUAUGUAUGUAUGAAUAUGUGAUAUUCCUAUAUAAGUAGGGUGUUAGUGUCACCGUAACGAAUACUGAGGGGGAUGAUUCAGGUCAUGAUUCUGAGUUAGUAUCUUUUUGAUCACGCAAGUUGUGCUUAAAAGCUUAUUAUAAGAUUAAUGAUUACCUAAAUCAUAAAAAUGUCUGGUAUCGAAUGUGUUCCUCUAGUUAUUAAAUAACUUGUAAUGUACCCUCAUUGAUUUAAAAGAUGUGUUGCUGUUGCAGUUUCUUGUCAUUUCUUCUCCUCAGCCAUAACACCUUGCGAAAUGACGUAAAUUCAAAAAUGUUACAUUGACCAUCAACAAGUUUAUCCAUGAUAAUUACGUUGAAUAAAUGAUUCUGAUUCUGUGCUGAUGUUUUUGGUCACUUAGAGUGUUACUAUCUCUACGGAACCUUGAACGUCCCUAAUUAUUGAACAUUCUGGAUGUUGCUAACUAUAUGUAUGUAUACCUUGACUGUCACUAACUAUUUGUUUCUGACUGUACCUGUGUGUCCCAAUAAACGAUUUGAAUUUGACACUGAAACAUUAUUACAAAUAGGAACGUUUAUAGGUAGAUCUAUCAUAAUACGAUACAUUCAUCAUCACCAGCCCAUUAACGUCCCCACUGCUGGGGCACGGGCCUUCCCUAUGGAUGGAUAGGGAGAUCGGGCCUUAAACCACCACGCGGGCCCAGUGCGGAUUGGUGGUUAUUAACGACUGCUAAUGCAGCCGGGACCAACGGCUUACCGUGCCUUCCGAAGCACGGAGGAGCUCGAGAUGAAAACUUUUUUUUUCUGUGGUCACCCAUCCUAUGACCGCCCUUUGCGAAAGUCGCUUAACUUCAACAAUCGCAGACCGAGCGCGUUUACCGCUGCGCCACCGAGCUCCUCAUACGAUACAUUAUGUAGUGCCUUUCGGCACAUGCCUCAUUUAUGGUGACACGGAAAAGCAAUCAUUCCUCCGUUCGUGAACGUGAUGUAAAUAAAAUAUUUUGUAUAAUUACGACAACUAGUGAUUGAUACCUCGGUAUUGCGCAUUUUUAAUUAGUACACCCGUAUUCUAAGAUGUUCACUCAACUUUUCCUCCACUCGACUCUUCCUCCACUCGACUCUUCCACCACUCGAUUCUUCCUCCACUCGACUCUUCCUCCACUCGACUCUUCCACCACUCGAUUCUUCCUCCACUCGACUCGGCCUCAGCUGAGCAUUUUUGUAUUUUAUGUUGACAUUUACGUCCUCGACUUGAGGACUUUACUCACUGGAGUCGAGCAUGUCAUACUGCCAACAUAAAAAUACGAAAUUAAUGACGUCAUGCCCUACUGGAGUAAACUCGAGUUAAGGUUGAGGCGCCGUCUAAUUAAUAAACUAAUCUCAGCUGAGACUGCCCAAGAUCAUGCUCAAGUUUUUAUACGAGAACUGUCACAUUGACAUGUUGAGGGCAGUCUCGAAGCUGAGAUUAGUUUAUUAGUACCACCCUAAGAAUAGCGAUUUUGAGCUGAGCUCGAAGAGGUCGCCUAAACUGAGGACGGAGUCGACGAAAGUUGGAGUCAACAUAUUAGAAUACGUGUGUUAAUGUUUUUUUUUUGUUAUAGUUUAUUCUUAAAUUAUUUUGCCAUUUGUAAAAGGCAAAACGGUGUAUGUAAAAAGUGAUGCAAUUUAAUUAUUAUUUUUUGUUAUUAAAAUGCACCCGACGCGUCAUCUGAUGAAAUCUUUUUACAAUACAAUAACUAAAGUGCACAUAAAAUAGAAAAAAAUGUUUUCUAUGUCACGACUACUAAUAUGUACACACUUUGAAACCAUGUCACAUUAACUUUUUGACAAAUUAUACCGUAAGUCUUGUUAAAUGUCAAAUAUGAUAGUGCGACAGGGUUCUAUGGGUACAUGAUAUUGCUUAUGACUGUACAUCUGUCCGCACCUCGCUUUUCUAUGAUUUAUCCUAAUUACUAAGUGGGUGUUUCUCUUUACCUUUUUUUUUUUUUCAUUUUGUCAAACCUGGUAUUAAAUAAUGUCUGUUGGAAGAACGGAUACUCCUACUACAGGUAUAUUUUUUACUUAAAAGGAGUAACCAAAAAAAAUAUUUGUUAAAGUGUAACAGGUUAAGAAAUAAACUAUUUUUUUUUAUGUCCUUUGCUGUCACUCAUAAACGUCAUUUGCUAGAGCGAGAGGGACGACCGCACCGUAAGAUGUGUUUCUACCAUUAUACUUCAGCCCAAGAAGACACCAAUUUUACGUAGAAAUUUAAACAUACAGGCUGUGAUUAUUGUCCGAUUUUAAUGUUUUAAGUUUGUUUAUACCAAUUUCUGUGCCAUUUUGUAAUAUUCUCACUGGUUCUGUUUUACCACUGAUAAAUUCGGUACAUUAUUUAAAAAAAACUACAAUACAAGCUCAUCACAUCUGCAUUGGUGGAGUCUGAGCCCUAUGUGCAUACUUUAAGCUAUAUUUUACAGAAUUCAAAUGUACUUUUUUGCACCGAAAUAAAAAGAAAAUAGUUGCAAUUUAUUUUAAUUAAAAAAAAAUGAAAUAAUUUUCUUUGACUUUGGUGCAACAACGUAUAAAAUAAAUAAAGAGACUUAACUGUCUUAAUUUUUUUUAAUAUCUAAAAAAAACAUAUAAAAGUAACUUAAAGUAAGCAUGUAAUAUCUAUAUUUCCCGACCCUGACGCUGCGCUGCGCGCUGGCAGAAUUGUCCCUGUUGACAGAAGCCAUUUAAGAAAAAAAAAUGUAAUAUCUACUUGUAUACCUGUCAAUUUAUACUUAUAAACAUAAUAAACUCAAUCAGUUCCUACUUAAAUAGUAUAUUAGUGGAUCAGGGGCGGGCUAAAAGGGCCACAUUGAAGCAAUUCAUCUAAAAAAGCAAUAUUGCUAUUUGACAUUUGUUUGCAUUGGGCACUUUUAUAUGCGCAAAUGUCAAAUUGCAAUAUUGCUUUUUAACCCCCCAGUUUUAAUACCAAAAAGUUUGUUGUGUUGUUAAUGUGUAAUAGAAAUAAAAUAUCUUGCCAUUA